CUCAGCUGAGGGGUGCGGUUCUGGCUGUGGGAAUAUUUACCAGGAAGAUCCAGGUUCCAGGCCUGCCUACCCCCACAAUCCCUUAACAAAGAUGCUGCUGAGCUUUCGGAGGGGCCGCAAGAGGCAGUUCAAACACAUCAUCCAUGGCCUCCUCCCUGCAGCCAGCAUCGCUCCAAAGCCAGCUGUGCCCCGCACACCUCCUCCCCGCAGCCCAGACCCCUCUCCAGAGCGACCCCGAUCUGCUCUGGCUGCGGCCAUUCUGGCAACCACAUUGACUGGACGGACCGUUGCCAUUCCCCAGCCUCGCCCAAGAUCCUGGUCUGAGAGUGACACCUUCUCUAUUGGAAAGGACAGCACCACUGAGCCCCAGGCAGCCACCGCUGAGCCCAGGCCUCGGCUGAAUUGGGAGAACAAUUUGGGCAAAGCAAUUUCUUUGCCCUCCUUUGAGACAUUGGACUACAGGGAAGAAGAGGAUGGCGGUAUGCUGGUGUCUGCCAGCAACAAGGAGUUAGGGGACGGUAGUGCUGUGCACUCUGCAUCCCACAGAAGCCAGGUGCUGCUAUCGAGUGAAGAGGACAGUGAGCAGGACGGUGAUGGCUUGGAGCUGGAUGGGCUCUCCAGCCCCUCUCCUCUCCCCAGUCAGCAAGAUGGUACAUACUGUGGUCUGAAUUUAAAGGAUGACAGAACGCCAUUGUGUGACAAGCCACCCCCCUCCCCAGCUAGCCGAGUACAACAGAGAUGUAUAGAAAUAACCAAAGAAAAGCUUGAGGAGUUGAAAGAAGAAAAUUUGCACCUGAACAUGAAAAAUCACAAUCUCAGAGCUCAUCUAAAGGCUACGAAGAAACUAGUGAAAGAUUUACAAUCAAAACUUCAGAAGCUGGAACAUGGUGACCAAGGGCCAGAAGAGGCUGUGCAGGCUUCUGGUCAGGGCGGGGAAACCUCCCUUGCCUUGAGAGUACCUGCUACAUUUGAGUUGCUUUCUCUAAGAAAGCACAUUGAAGAGCUGGAACAUGAAAAUGACCAGUUGAAAAUAAUCGCCCAUCGUUUGAACGUGGAACUGAGUCGCUACCAAACAAAAUUCAGGCAUUUGUCUGAGGAAGAGAGUUCACACGUUGGUGCCCUCCCAGCAAAUGGCCCCACGCCCCCCUGGCUGGUGGAUAUCAAGUACCUCUCACCGCUGUUGCUGGCUUAUGAAGACAGAAUGAACGAGAAGGACCAGCUGAAUGCCACCCUUGAGGAGGAGAUGCGGGCAUUCAGGAUGCGGGUGCAGCAGGUGGUGGAGGAGAAUGAAGGCCUGCACCGGGUGAUAAAGAACACGGUCGUCAGUGUGGUGGAACGGCAGCAGCUGCAGACACAAGCCGAGCUGGUUUUGGAGGAAAACAAGUUGCUGAUAGAGCAACUGAUGAUCCAGGAGAACAAAGCCCAGGACAUCCACCAGGAGCAGCAGCAGGAAGUGUCUAAGCUGACUAAACAACUCAUGCUGCUGGAGAUGAAGUCUCAAAGCCAGGAGAAGGAGCUGACAGAAAGCAAGGAGCAGCUGGAGGCGUUGCAGGCCACCUGCCAAGAGCUCAAAACAGACCUGGACAGCAAGAUUGCCAUGGACCUGCAUACCUCCAUCGUAAACGAAUUACAGAGCCAGCUGCAGAAGGAGGAAGAGAAGGAGCGGGCUGAGCUGGAGGAGCUGAUGGAGAAGCUGACGGUCCUGCAGGUGCAGAACAAGAGUCUGUUGUUAGAAAAGAAGAGCUGGGCCUCUAGGAACAAAGCACUUCAGGCCAACCUGGAGCAGGCGCAGAAGAAAAACAGGAAAUACCAGAAGAAAAUUGACUCUCUCAAAAAGCAUGCAGAAAAAGCCUUGAAGAACGAACUCUGUGCUCAUAACUACUUGGCCAACCUCAUUACUUUGACAGAGAAUCUAGCCCAGGAACGAGAUGGCCUCAAACAUUUGGGCUACAAGAAGCAGGCAGCCCUGCGGCUGGAGGACAUCAGCCACCUGCUGACGCAGCAGGAGGAGGACUUCGCAGGCAAGGCGGCCCGGUACCAGCAGGAGCUGGGGUAUCUGCAGCAGAUGUUACAGGACAAGCAAGAGGUGCUGGACCAGGCGCUGCAGCAGAAGAGAGACAUGGAAGGCGAACUUGAAAUCGUGUGGGAAUCCACGUUCAAAGAAAACCGCAGGAUGCGUGAACUCCUCCAGGAAAGGGCAGGUGUGCGGGCCUCCCCCAGAGCUGGCCGGGGCCCCUGCCUGGACCCGGGCCUGCUGGACUGCUCCAGUUUCAGCUACUGUGAUGUGCAGCUUCCUGUCCCUGCCACCCACCACAGCAUGUGGGAGCCCUUGCCUGAGAUGAAGGAUUAUGGCAAACUCCAGGACAGCCAGGCUGUCUGCAUCAAGAAAGCUGCCUGCGGGCUGUUGCCCCGUGGGACAUGUGAUCGUGGAGCAGAUGACAACUCUGAUGUCCUCUCCAUUCUGUAG